AUGGACUUACCAGGAAGAUUGGGGAAUUUGACCCCAGAGCAGGAAGAGAAGAUGUUUCAGCUCUGGAAGCUCUUACUACAAGUGAGCGGGGUGAUGGACGACGAGAGCACGGCCGAGGCCAGCGAUGCGCCUGUACCCCUCGAGGCUCGCGGAACGAGUUCGACGACGGAAUCUGGCAAACCCAAGAAAAAGCGCCUUGGAAUUUUUAAGAAAAAGGACAAGAAAGAUAAGAAGGACAACCCUCAGCCUGCCGCGAGUGAGAAAACCGCCGCACUGGAUGGCGUUAAAGAUGACGAUCCGGACGACAAGUAUGGACAGAACAAGCAAUUCCGCGAUACGCUAGCAAACCGCUCUCCCGAGAGUAUCAGAGAGUCAAUAUGGACUAUGGUGAAAAUGGAUCACCCAGACCAAUUGGUGUUGCGGUUCUUGCGGGCCAGAAAGUGGGAUGUGCAAAAGGCGCUCGUCAUGCUUAUUUCAACCAUGAAGUGGAGGCAAGAUGUCAAGGUCGAUGAGGAUAUCAUGGCCAGAGGCGAGGAGUGGGCGCUACUGGAAGAGCGCAAUGCCACCGAUGAAAACAGCAAGAAGUUUGCGCGGGAUUUCCUGGCACAGAUGCGUCUGGGCAAAAGUUUCUGCCGUGGUGUUGACAAGGCGGGCAGACCUAUCAGCGUAAUCAGGGUGCGCUUACACAAGCAAGGUGAACAGUCCAAUGAGAGUCUCGAGAGGUACACGAUAUAUCUCAUCGAGACUGCUCGUAUGAUGCUCGUCCAACCAGUCGACACGGCCUGUGUCAUAUUCGACAUGACGGGGUUUUCCAUGGCCAACAUGGAUUACACGCCCUUGAAGUUCAUGAUUCAAUGCUUCGAGGCAAACUAUCCUGAAAGCCUGGGCGUGGUACUGGUCCAUAAGGCACCGUGGAUUUUCCAAGGUAUCUGGAAGGUCAUCCGCGGGUGGCUCGAUCCCGUAGUAGCAAGCAAAGUCAACUUCACAAACAACUUCAAAGAAAUGGCCGAAUUCGUCCCCGCGGCCAAGGUGUCUAAGGACUUGGAGGGCGAGGACGAAUGGACUUACGAGUACGUCGAGCCCAUCAUCGGCGAGAACGAAAAAAUGAAGGACACCACAACAAGGGACAAACUUCUCGAGGCACGCGACGCUCUCUACGAGGAGUACGAGCAAAAGACAUUAGAGUGGAUUCAAGAGAAGGACACGGCGAAGCGUGCAGCGAUCAAGUCCGAGCGCAACUCCAUCGCGCAGAAACUGCGCGAGGGCUACUGGGUGCUCGACCCCUACGUCCGGGCGAGGUCGUACUAUGACCGCGUUGGCGUCUUGAAACCGGGUGGAGCGGUCAACCACUACGCUUCGGAGAAGCCGUCCGUGAACGGUACUGCCGCAGCAGCAUCAUCUACUCCGGCGGUUGCGGAGCCGAAUGCUACAACUACCACAACUGCUGAUGAUGUUGACUAG